CGAGCCAACCCUACUUCUUCUCGGUUAAGGCUGCUGUGGGCCCCGCAGGAUCGUGGGGCGGGUAACCGGACCCUGGUCUUAGGCUUCGGGCAUGGUUGCCCCCUGAACGAACCUGCCCUCGCGCCCGCGGGAGAGUUUUCCAUGGACACAGCCUAGCAGAAAGAUGCGGCCUUUAUGUCUCACUGGCCACUGAACCACCAGCCUGAUGUCAGCAUCUCCAUGUACGUUCCCUGUUCAAUUCCGACAGCCCUCAGUCAGUGGCCUCUCACAAAUCACCAGUAGCCUGUAUAUCAGCAAUGGGGUGGCCGCCAACAACAAACUUAUGCUCUCCAGCAACCAGAUCACCACAGUCAUCAAUGUCUCCGUGGAGGUGGUGAAUACCUUAUAUGAAGAUAUCCAGUAUGUACAAGUGCCUGUGGCUGACAUACCCACGUCACGUCUCUGUGACUUCUUUGACCCCAUUGCUGACCACAUCCACAGUGUCGAGAUGAAGCAGGGCCGUACACUGCUCCACUGUGCAGCCGGUGUAAGCCGCUCGGCUGCCCUCUGCCUCGCCUACCUCAUGAAGUACCACGCCAUGUCCCUGCUGGAUGCCCACACAUGGACCAAGUCAUGUCGGCCCAUCAUCCGGCCCAACAGCGGCUUUUGGGAGCAGCUUAUCCACUAUGAGUUCCAGCUGUUUGGUAAGAACACCGUACACAUGGUCCACUCCCCUAUGGGAAUGAUCCCUGACAUCUACGAGAAGGAGGUUCGUUUAAUGAUUCCACUGUGAGCCAUGUACCAGCCCCUGCCUGCAUCGGGGUCAGAGCUGCAGAUCUGCUGUUGAUCUGAACUUAAACAUUCGACUUUUGUGCUACAGAAAAAAACAGAUGAUGCCUUUUAUCAGAGCAAUAAAAAGGAAGAGUGCUGUAGCUUUUAAUCUUGUAAUCCAUAUCUUUAAAGAUUAAAUUCACUGGGUGUAAAA